AUGCUACUCUGGAUAGUACUGUCAGCACUAUUACCUUCUCCCGGCAGAUCUGCAGAAAACUAUAAUGGCUAUUCAUUAAUACGUUUUGCCGCCGAUGAAACACUAGCAAAAUGGUUAAGCGAAAUGGAAAGUGAGGGAUAUGAACUCAACGAGGUCACCGAAAAACCAAGAAUUCUGAUUGAUGUAUGGGGUGAACCGUCACGUCAAAAUCCAGUAGCUGAUGUGCUUGUAGCGCCUGAAUUUCUUGGCGCUUUUCUGGAAAUGCUCAGCCGAAAAGGAGUCACAUAUGUGGAAACAAUAAAAGAAGAUAUUGGAAGGGAAAUCCGUCGAGAACGCCGCCAUUUGCAGCGGUACAGAAGUCGAGCGAAGAGAAGUUUUGAUGCGAUGGAUUUUGAUGUGGAUAACUACCAUUCAUACGAUGAGAUGGUCGAAUUUAUGCAGCUGCUCGCAGCUCAACGCCCUGACCUUGUGACUUUGUUGAAUGUUUCCAGAACGUUCGAAGGUCGACCAAUGUACGGUGUGAAGAUCUCAUCUUCGCACCGAUUUAAACCUGCAAUAUUCGUCGAUGCUGGGAUUCAUGCACGUGAAUGGGUGGCUCCAGCCGCAGCCCUCUACAUGAUCAAAAAGCUUGUUUCCGAGUACGGUAAGGAUCCUGUAAUUACUAGAAGUGUGGACAAAUUUGAUUGGUACAUUAUUCCGCAGGCGAAUCCUGACGGGUACGAGUACAGCCGUGUCUCUGAUCGCCUAUGGCGUAAAACACGAUCACGUAACAUUACCGUCAAUAAAUGGUGUAUUGGUGCGGAUGCAAAUCGAAAUUGGGGACAUCGAUGGGGUGAGGCGGGCGCAAAUCGCUCGCCAUGCUCGAAUAUCUACGCUGGCAGUCGGCCAUUUUCUGAGCCUGAAAUCGUAGGCCUACGAGACCUUGUAACUUGGCAAAUCCCGAACCUAAUCAUCUACGCUAGUCUUCACUCCUACGGACAACUGUUACUAUCCCCCUGGGGUUAUACACAAGCCCGUCCUGAUAACUACUUGGAUCAGCGUAACGCAGCAAAAAUCGCUGUCGCAGCAAUGCGAAACGCAACAGGUGCCGAGUACAACUACGGAACGAUAGCCGAAUUGAUGUAUCCGGCUUCUGGUACAAGUAUAGAUUAUAUGCAAGAUCGUGGUGUUCCGUAUAUUUUUGGCGUUGAACUGCGACCGUUGGAUUCACAUGACAGUUAUGCGUUCAGUUUACCGCCACAUUAUAUAAGGCCUACAGGUGAAGAAAUGCUAGCCGGUCUGAUCGCAAUCGGUGACUAUGCUGUACUGCAUAAGAAGAUCUAG